CAUUGCUUAUUGGUAAUAAAGUACCAAUAAAACGCCGAAAUCACCGUAAUCCUUGUGAAAAUAAAAUACUUUGUAAGUGUCUAAUACGGUCACGCUGCUUUAAAUGAGCAUCUUUGCCGGCAAUCAUAUUUCGUAUUCCGGCAAAUAAAUUGCAUCAGUAUUAGUGACUGGAUACAAAUCGCAAAUCCCCAGGCACACAGUGAAAUAUUUUCGAAAACUCGAAAAUUUUGCAGGCGCUAAAGCACGCAACGCACUGCACACUGCCCAUUUGUUUGACUUGGCUGCUGUCCAUUUCAGCGAGAAAUCUAAACACACGCGAAGCAAAGCGAAAGCCGACGCCGCCGACGCGCCAAUUUAACUUCAAUACAUACAUACAAUAUAGUAAAUCAUUCCUUUGCUGAUCCGCUAACAGGAAAAUACACUAGCCAUGGCCGACGCAAAAACACCUGAAAAGAUGCUGUCCGCUAAACCACCGGUGUAUCAUCCAAAUAGCCAUAGUCCAAAUGCUACGCUCCAGCUGCCGAGUCCCAUCAUCACGCGGCGCACACGCACGGCCUCGACCUCAGCGCGUGCCAUGGAAAAUCCAAUGGUUGCCGGUGUUGUGAAAUCCUUUAGCCGCACUAAAGGACACGGCUUCAUCACGCCGCACGACGGCGGCGAGGACGUUUUUUGCCAUGUUUCCGACAUCGAAGGCGAAUAUGUGCCCAUGCCUGGCGACGAGGUCAAAUAUCGCCUCUGCGCCAUUCCGCCCAAGUUUGAGAAACACCAGGCCGUGCACGUGCAGAUAAGCAAUUUGACGCCCGAAGUGCACCACAAGUGGGAGGAACCCGUCUUCUGUGGCUCUCCUGCCAAAUAGAUACUCGCUUCUGUAAAGGCCUUCCACAAAAUUUAAUUAACUGGAGCACGCAGCAGGAAAACAGAAAACAAUGAAAACAAUAUUAAAUAACAAUAAACAGUUGGCCAGCGAACGCCGAUCAAGACAAACAGAAUGAGAUAAAAACAA